AUGAGAAGAAUUAAUCCCACGUGGGGAAGGCGGCCGGGACUACGAGGAAAAGGGAGAGGGACAGUGUACACUCAUGCUUUUAUUACCCGCGGGAAGAUGGAUGGUUUUCACGGACGGUUGUCUAGGCGCCCGGGCUCGCUAUAGGGAGACGUCAGAGCUCUCGGGUCCGCGGUGGAGGAGCCCCCGACCCCCCCGACCGGGCUCCCAUAUAAAGUCGGGGCUUGGCGAAGGCGGCAGCAGCGGCGCGGACGACGGCGGAGCUCCCCGAGGUCCACGUCCUGCGGUCGCUCCUCGGUUUGGGAAGCGCACCCGGAGCUGCCCGUCGGGACCAUGCGCUGCCGCGAACUGCCGCUCGUCCUGCUGGCGCUGGUCCUCUGCCAGGCGCCCCGGGCCCCCGCCGCGCCGGUGCGGGCGGCCGGAGAGACCGCGCUGGCCAAGAUGUACCCGCGCGGCAACCACUGGGCGGUGGGGCACCUAAUGGGGAAAAAGAGCACAGGGGAGUCCCCAUAUGUUUACGAGGGAGGGAGCCCGAAGUACCAGCUGCGGCAGCACAUCCUGUGGGAAGAAGCUGCGAGGACUCUGCUAGGCCUCAUGAAAGGAAAGGGGACCGGAAGCCACCAGUCACCUCCACAGGGCCCCCUGGGUAUUCUCCAGUCUACUCCGGAUUCCGAUUCCGAGGAUAGCAGCAACUUUUCAGAUGUAGGUUCAAGACUCAAAGGUUCUCAAUGUGAAGGAAGGAACCCCCAGCUGAACCGACAAUGACGGCCUCUCUCAAAGAAGCAAAACAGAACCCUUGAGAAUGCAUUCCACAGGCAUCAAUUCUACUGGCUCAUCCACCAGAUUUCCUUUGUGCAAAAUACUUAACUAUUCUUGUAUCUUUCAACCUUGACUAAAUCCAUGGUUUUCAAGCAGCA